AUGGCUAAUCAAAAGCUACUGAUCGUGUGGGUGUGGAUUUUACUGGUUGCAACACUGUGUCCUUGGGCCAACUGCAAACUUGGACGGGGUUUUGGUGGCAGGGGCAAGGGUGUAGGACAGGGGGCUAAAGCGCCCCCUUCCCAGAGCAAAGGCUCUUCAAGGCAGGGGCUGAAACUGGCAGGUGCUGCAGCCGCGGGAGCUAUCGGAGGAGCGGCCAUCGGCUAUGGUCUGGGUUCUCUGGGCAGACCUCGGUAUGGCUACGGCUAUGAAAGCGCCUCUGAAGAGGACAGGCGCUAUUACUACCCCGAUGGACAUGGAUACCACAAUCGCUCAGACUGGCGGUACUAUAGAAGCGCAGCCAGCUCAGACCAUGUGGCCAGCAUAAUCAUGACGCUUGGAGCCGUGGCAAAUUUUUUUAUAUGGAACUAA